AUGUACACCAAUUGCGAAAGCGAUGGUGAUGGGGGAGGAGAUCGACGAAAGCACGAGGCUAUUGAGAUGUGUAAAGACCUCGCUACAUCUUCAGAGUCGAACACCCCAGCAAAUGCAACUACAUCCAAUCAGCAGCAGCUAGUUAAACUUGAUCAAUUACCGGAGCGAGGAUCGUGGUCUUCAAAGCUUGACUUCAUUCUCUCAGUGGUUGGACUAGCGAUCGGCUUGGGAAACGUUUGGCGAUUUCCUUAUUUGUGCUAUAAAAAUGGAGGCGGCGCUUUCAUAUUGCCCUACUUCUUGACGUUGUUUCUAGCCGGAAUCCCGAUGUUCUUUAUGGAGUUGGCUCUUGGACAAAUGUUGACUAUUGGUGGACUGGGAGUGUUCAAAAUCGCUCCUAUAUUUAAAGGCAUUGGAUAUGCUGCCGCCGUUAUGUCUUGUUGGAUGAAUGUGUACUACAUUGUUAUUCUGGCUUGGGCGGUAUUUUACUUUUUCAUGUCAAUGAGAGCGGAUGUACCAUGGAGGACAUGCAACAAUUGGUGGAAUACCGUUAAUUGUGUCAAUCAAUAUGAGAGGAACAAUUUACACUGUUGGGACAAAGUCAUCAAUGGUACCGCAAAGAAAAUUUGCUCGGUGGCAGCGACUAAUAUUUCAUCUACGGAACUCACAGAUCCAGUCAAAGAGUUUUGGGAACGUCGUGCACUUCAAAUAUCACAUGGCAUUGAAGAGAUCGGCAAUAUUCGGUGGGAAUUGGCCGGAACUUUAUUACUCGUUUGGAUCCUGUGCUAUUUUUGCAUUUGGAAGGGAGUGAAAUGGACGGGAAAAGUGGUCUACUUUACAGCCCUGUUCCCAUAUGUCUUGCUCACCGUUUUGUUAGUUCGUGGCAUAACUUUACCAGGGGCUCUGGAAGGCAUUAAGUUCUAUAUUAUUCCAAACUUUUCUAAACUGUCUCAGUCAGAGGUGUGGAUUGAUGCUGUAACGCAGAUCUUCUUCUCCUACGGGCUUGGCCUUGGUACACUUGUGGCCUUAGGCAGCUAUAACAAAUUCACGAAUAAUGUGUAUAAGGACGCGCUUAUCGUCUGCACAGUUAAUUCCAGCACGAGUAUGUUCGCUGGAUUCGUAAUAUUCUCAGUAAUUGGAUUUAUGGCGCAUGAACAACAGCGACCUGUGGCGGAGGUGGCAGCAUCAGGUCCUGGCUUAGCUUUCCUAGUGUACCCAUCGGCAGUUUUACAGCUGCCGGGCUCGCCAAUGUGGUCUUGCCUCUUCUUCUUCAUGCUUUUACUUAUCGGUUUGGAUUCUCAGUUCUGUACAAUGGAGGGCUUUAUUACAGCAAUUAUAGACGAAUGGCCACAGCUGCUGCGAAAACGCAAAGAAAUUUUUAUUGCCAUUGUGUGCGCACUGAGCUAUUUAGUGGGCUUAACCUGUAUAACGCAAGGAGGCAUGUAUAUUUUCCAAAUAUUAGAUUCGUAUGCAGUUAGUGGUUUUUGCUUGCUGUGGCUUAUAUUCUUUGAGUGCGUCUCAAUAUCCUGGUGCUAUGGAGUCGAUCGAUUUUAUGAUGGUAUUAAGGAUAUGAUUGGAUAUUAUCCCACAGUUUGGUGGAAGUUCUGCUGGUGCGUUACGACCCCGGCUAUAUGUUUGGGUGUCUUUUUCUUUAACAUCGUCCAAUGGACUCCUAUAAAAUACCUGGACUACAACUAUCCUUGGUGGGCUCAUGCAUUUGGUUGGUUUACUGCGUUGUCAUCUAUGCUGUAUAUACCAAUAUACAUGAUUUGGUUGUGGAAACGAACAGCUGGCGACUUGUGCGAGAAAAUCCGCGCGAUAGUACGAAUCGACGAGGACAUACCACGGUUACGCGAGAAAAUGCAGAGAGAGGCUAUUGCUAAGGAGAUUGAAUUUAAUUCAUUAUAGACAUAGUUAAGUUACCUCCUAAAGUAUUAAGGCACUCUUCGUUGAUACUAUUGUAAUCGAAUCGUUGUUUUCGCUGCGGACCAACACUCCUUAUCCGGGGAUGGGAUGGAGUUACACUAUGCACUGGGCCGUUGCCGUUACUAUGUCAUGCUAUAAUUACUCCCACGAUGGUGUAACUUUAAAAUAGUUUAGAGAAUACAUAUAAUAUUAAGCUGAUUCGAGUUCUAAAAUGACUUUUAGUGUGUUUCGUGUGGUACUUACUCAUAAGUAGAAAGCUGUAUUUUCGAAUUCUAAGAAAAUUCAAAUACUGAAUAUUCUUGCUCUGAAGCACUCACGUACAAUGCCUUACGAGAUAUGUAUUGUAUCAAACAUCAAAACUAAGUUAUUUCAUUUUCAUAAGGAAUAAAUUGAUUUUUUGUCUGUCACGGUGAAAGUUCUCAUCUGUUAGUGUAGAUGGCCUACACUGAUAUAAUAAUUAUCCCCAUGGAAAUAUGAAUGCUUAACAAUUCCGACAUUAACAGAACAGAACAGUAUAGGCUUUAUGCUUUUAGAUGAGAUGUACCUUACAGUUGUUUUACAAUACAGAUGCAGAUAUACAGGCCAAACAGCCAAUGUCGAAAUUAGUGUCAUCCUUAGACUUUAUUAAUAUUGUUAAUUUAAUUUAAAAUUACUCAUACCAUACAAGUAAGGGUACGAGUAUUUAGCAAUAGAGCAAUGUUAAUGGGAUAGCAGACAUGAAAACACAUUUAUGUAUAAUAUGUCGAUACCUACACCUACAAAAACAUAACAUACGAAUGCCUUGGAAGUCCUUUAAAUAUUGUUGUGUAAUUAACCUUAAAAAUAACUAUAAGUUGCUUGUCAUGUCAAAUAAAUAUAUCAACGUAAAUGAAUAUA